AUGGGAGGUGGAAAUGCAAAGUGGGCGGGGCAGGAGGGGGUGACGCCCCGCCCCUCCCUCUGGGGGCGUGAGGCGCCGCGGCGGCGGCGGUGCCGCCAUUUUCUGCUGAAGCCGCGUCAGGAUGGAGUCGAAACCCGAGCCGGAGCUGCCCGCCGUCCCCCGAGCCCUGCGACUCACCGCCCCGCCACGGAGCGCCGCUCCACACGCUCCUCCGCACCGCUGGCAGCGCUGAACGGCCUCAUGGAGCACAGCGGACGCGAACGCGCCGGUCCCGGCUUGGGAUGGGCCCGACUGGGCCUGGCCGCGGCCUGGCCGAAGCUGGCGGGGCCCAGCGCGGCGCCCUCCGGGGGCUCGUCCCAGGCGAGCCCGCCCUUCUCGUGGCUGCGCGCGGUAUCGCAGCUGCUGUCGCCGCUGCCCGGCCUCCUGCAGCGGCUGCUGCCCGGCGCCGCGCUCAGCUCCGCGCUGUGCCCCGCCAAGGCACCGCCGCCGCUGGUGCUGCUGCCCAAGGCGGACACCUCGCUGGACUGGGCCGAAGAGGAGCCCCCGGAGAAGCGAUCGGAGGGCGGCCAGGAGCCCCUGGCGGGGCUGUGGGGAAGCGGGCUGGUGCGGAGCGGCCUGGGGGUGCUUCCCGUGGAUUGGUACGUGCUGGGCAUGGAGCAGGGCAAGAGCCACCUGCCGCAGCCCCUGAGAGCCGAGGGCUUGCCCGAGGUUGAGUUCCUGCGCAGCAAGCGCCUGGCGUUCCUCCAGCGCUGGCAUCUGCCCGUGCCCGACCCCGACCACGGCUACCACAGCCUGGAGGAGGAGCAGCAGCAGCAGCACAGGGGUGUCCGCCCCGAAAUUGGGGAGCUGGGCGGCAAUAACGGGGAUUUAGGGCAGCCCGGAGGUGUUCCCCUGGAGCAGGAGCAGCUCCGGGAUGCGGCUGAGGAAGGGGAAGCCUUGGCUGAAGAGGAGGAUGAGGACUCGGAAACUGAGCAAAACUUCCCGAUUUCCACCAGACCUGUCUGCGCGAAUAAAUUAAUCGAUUAUAUCAUCGGAGGAGUAUCCAGUGGGGAGGAGAGUGAGGAUGAGGAAGACUGGGAUGAUGAUGAUGAUGAUGAUGAAGAAGAUGAUGAUGACGGGUUUGACAGCGAAGACCUGCCCUCGGACUCAGACGCCGGCAGCCAGGACGGGGAGAGGCUUCAUCUGUGGAAUUCCUUCUACAGCUUGGAUCCCUACAACCCUCAGAACUUCACAGCCACCAUCCAGACGUCUUCCAGUGAGCCGGGAAAGGGAAUGUCGGACAUGGAAGAGGAGGAGCAGGAGGAGGAAGACUCGUGGGCUGAGUCCUCCGAGGGCUCUCCUAGUUCCGAGGAGGACGAGUGGGACUGCGAGAGCGCGGAUGAGGCGGAAAACUUGAAACUUUGGAACUCGUUCUGUAGCUCGGACGAUCCCUAUAACCCUUUAAAUUUCACGGCGGCCUUUCAGACAGUGGAAAAAAAAGGAACGCCGGUUUUCCAAGGGGCAGAAAAGUCAAAUUCCGGCACCUCCGAGCGCUUCACCGCGUGUAGGGUUCAGCUGGAAAAACAAAACCACGGGGGCAGCACCGAUUUGGGGCAAAACGGGGAGAAAACUGCCCAGGCCAAGCGGAAAAAGGUGACAUUCCUAGAAAAAGUGACGGAGUAUUACAUAAGCAGCGAGGAGGACCGGAAAGGACCCUGGGAGGAGCUGGCUCGAGAUGGAUGCAGAUUCCAGAGGCGGAUCCAGGAAACUGAGGAAGCCAUUGGAUACUGCCUGAGCACAGAGCACAGACUGAGGGUAUUCCAUAGGCUCCAACAAUUCCAUUCCCAAAGGACUGACCCCUUCUAGCACCUUAAAACUCUUUGGAAUUUUAUCCCACCCUUUAAAUUAAUGAAAUCCCACCCGGAAAUGGCAGCUGAGUGUGCUGAAACGGGGAGGAAAAAAAAUGGGAUUUUUAUUUUUUUUUCCCCUUUUUUUCCCCCCCCCCCCCCCCACCCUCAUUUGAUAUGGAAUAAUUUAAUUUGCAUAUCCAGAUAAAAUCCCUGGAGCUCCCUGGAAUGCUGAGGGUGCUCUAAUUGCAUUCCUGUUAAUUAGCACUUGACACAACUGGACUGCUCGGGGUUCCAUCCAUUCCCAAAAAUCACUUUUUUUUUUUUUUUUUGGGAAGGGGGGACCGUUCCGUUGGAAUUUUUUUGCCUUUGGAAAAAAAAAAAAACCAACAAAAAAACCAACAAAAAAACCCCCUAUUUUGAAGGAAAUAUUUAUGGGAUUCAUUCCUUGGAAUUGCAGUUUUGAUUUCAAAUUCCCUGAGGGGUGUGCUGGUGUGUUUUGGGGUUUUUUGUUUUUAAUGUUUUUCCAUCUUUUCCAAAAGCCUCAUUUUUAAAAAUCCCUUCCU